AUGGCACGCGACGGUUACGCUGGUGUCUUCCAGCCGCUGACCUUGCUCGACCUACACUCCUCUACUUCCAAAAAGACUCUCGGUAGCGCUCAAGCCGACAACCAAUCCGACCCAGAGACGAAGCAACUAUCAGUCGGACCCAAUCAACUCUCAACACGCCUCGCCUCGUGGCUGCUUCAGAAGCACUUCCGGUUUAACUGCCGGAUUCAACCCCCAAGGGAUAAGAAAGCCUAUCCCAAGAACGAGACCGUGACCGGGAUCAAGACCGAAGCCGAGGAGGUUGCUAGGCAGAUCUGCCAGCCUGACCGUCCACCGGAGACAUGUCGUCUUCGCAUGGGUGUGGAUGUGCUGCUCGAGUUCGGUGCCGAUCUCGAAACUGACAGCAGGGAGGACGUUGUCGAGAUGAUGGGUCUUGCCGAGCGAGACCGGGACCAAGACCAAGACUAA